UGAACAAAGAGAGAGAGAGAGAGAGAGAGAGAGAGAGAGUGACAAGAUUCUGAGAGGCAAAGCAAAAACAAAAUGAGUGCUCAUACGCGAAAGAAGAUCCAGAAGAAGCUGAAAAUCAGAGGCUACGGCCUCAAAAUCGAAGCUCUUGAGGAGAUUCUCUCCUUCGUCGAUCGUUUCCCCGACGCCGAAGACGAGGCCGUCGAUCUCCUCCUCGAUCAGCUCGAGCACGAAUCUUUGAAAUCUUCGAUAAUUGAUGGGGAGUUGGUGCAUCGAGUUAUCAGUCUUUUGUUAGAGGCUGAGGGUGCCACGGAGGAAGAUCCUAGCCUUGCUUCUAAUCAUUCUGGUCUUCGUGUAAUUGAUGCCUUUUUGGUUCCCAAGUUUCUUUAUGAUCCUAUCAAGAAGCAGUUUUAUCAGCAUCCAGGCAGCCUGCCAAUUCAUGGUGAGGCUUCCGCAAAAGCAGCAUUAUAUAGGGACAGGCUUCUGUUGCUGUUCCAGAGGGUUUCUCGUGAUCAACAUUUUUCCAAAUCUUCUUUUGAUGCCGAAACCUCAGAAUUCGGGAGCUGUGAGAUUUCUACUAUUCAGUCUCUAGUUGGACAAAGAGGGAGAAAAUGGGUCAUGGGUGUGAUUUCCCAGUUGGAGGAUGGUCACUUCUACUUGGAAGAUCUCACUGCUUCAGUAGAAAUUAAUUUAUCUAAAGCAAAAAUCACCACAGGUUUUUUUUCAGAAAACACCAUUGUUUUAGCAGAAGGCGAGAUGCUCAUGGAGGGAAUUUUUCAGGUAAUUACAUGUGGAUUUCCUCCGUUGGAGAACAGAGAUAAGUCACUCAAGCUACUUGUAGGGCAUGACUUCUUUGGUGGUGGUACACUAACCAAAGAGGAGACUCUCAGACUUGCAGAUCUGGAAAAGAGAGCAAUGAAUGACAUGUUUGUCAUACUCUCUGACAUUUGGUUGGAUAAUGAAGAGAUUAUGGGAAAGCUGGAGCUUGUCCUCAAUGGUUUUGAGAGUCAGGAGGUGGUUCCUUCUUUAUUUGUAUUUAUGGGGAACUUUUGCUCUAAGCCAUGUAACUUAUCCUUUCACUCCUUUUCAAGUCUCAGACAGCAGUUUGGCAAGUUAGGGCAAAAGAUUGCAGAUCAUCCACGUCUAAAAGAGCACAGUCGAUUCCUAUUUAUUCCGGGUCCUGAUGAUGCUGGUCCAUCAACUGUUCUUCCACGGUGUGCUUUACCAAAAUAUCUAACUGAAGAGCUUCAGAAGUACAUCCCAAAUGCAAUAUUUUCCAGUAAUCCUUGCAGAAUAAAGUUCUACACCCAAGAAAUUGUGUUUUUUCGCCAAGAUCUUCUGUACAGAAUGCGUCGUUCAUGCUUGAUUCCUCCAUCUACAGAAGAGACUGAGCAUCCUUUUGAGCAUCUUGUUGCUACCAUAACACAUCAAAGUCAUCUGUGUCCACUUCCUCUUAUGGUACAACCAAUCAUCUGGAAUUAUGAUCACUCUCUCCAUCUGUAUCCAACUCCACAUACGAUAGUUUUGGGAGAUAAGAGCGAGCAGAAGGCAUUCAAAUACACUGGAAUCACUUGUUUCAAUCCUGGUUCCUUCUCAAGUGAUAGUACUUUUGUAGCAUAUCGUCCUUGCACUCAGGAAGUUGAGUUUUCAGCCUUGUAAGUAUUAAAGGAAUCCAAUUCUGAUAUUUAUUUUUUAGGUUGAGUAGGCAAACAUGGUUAAGUUGAAAACGUUACUUAUUCAUUGUAGUUUAGCCACAUUUUCAUUGUUUAAGUUCUGCUAAUAUCAUAGCUUUUAGCUAAUUUCCCUGUAUGUUACCCAAAAUAACUAUUGUAAAGUAUCGUAUGUUAAUAAUCUUGGUG